AUGGACUUCUCGGCGGCGGGGAAGGCCGCGGCAGGCAACGGCGAAGGGCGCGGGAUUCGCGGCCGCUACAAGCUGAUCGUCGCCUCCAACAGGGACGAAGACCUCGGCCGACCGACGGCCCCCAUUCACUUCUGGAAGGACGCGGGCUCUAACUUGCUGGCAGGUCGCGAUCUGGUCGCAGGUGGGACCUGGCUGGGCGUGAGCCGCUCCGGAAAGUUCGCCACCCUGACUAACGUCUCCUCGACCUGGGAGAACGUGCUCGAGGACGUGACCCUGGGAGGGUGGGCCAACAAGGUGGCGGCCGUCGCCGCCGCCGCCACCGCCGCCGCCACCGCCGCCGCCGCGGCCAUCCUUCGCGCACGGGCUGGCCACGAGAACGGGAUCAGCAGUAGUGAUGCUGCUAGCGGCAGCGGGGGCGGCGGCGGCGGCGGCUGGGGUGCCACUGCUGCUGCUGCUGUGGUGUCGAGCUUGGGCUUGUCUAGGCCGGCGGGCUCCUCCUUGUCGUCGUCGUCGCUCGGCUGGCUGUACGCGCUGUGCGCGGCGGCGGGGCUGGUCACGGCCGCCUCGGUGCCCCUGGCAGUGGCGGUGGCGAGGGCCAAGGCCCGGAAGAGCCGGGGCGGGCUCGUGGCCGACUUUUUGAAGGGCGACGAGGACGCAGAGACAUACUGCUCACGACUAUCCAAGGAGCGACGGCGAUACGCCGGGUUCAACCUCGUGCUCUCGGAUCCGAGCGGCGCUUGGCUGCUGAGCAACAGGGACGAGGCCGGGAUAACCCGCCUUCCGCACGGCUUCUACGGGAUCAGCAACGACACUCUCGACAAGCCUUGGGCAAAGCCCGUGGUGGCGACGGGCUGGAUAAAGCAAGGCCCGUCCUGGCAACUUUCGUGGAAUGCCAGUCUCCCCUCGGGUUUUAUUGCCGAAUGCUUGCGCUCUUAG